CGCGCGCGGCGGCUCCGGCUUUGUGUGUAUGUGUGUGAGUGUGUGUGAGUGUGUGAGAGAGUGUGUGUGUGAGUGUGUGAGUGAGUGAGCGGGCGGGCGCGAGUGUGGCCGCCGCGGAGCGCGAGCAGGACCCGGCGGGCGCGCUCCCCCAGCCUCUCUCUCCCCGCCAGAACCAUGUCGGGCAGGUCGGUUCGAGCCGAGACCAGGAGCCGCGCCAAAGAUGAUAUCAAGAGGGUCAUGGCGGCUAUCGAGAAAGUGCGCAAAUGGGAGAAGAAGUGGGUGACUGUGGGUGACACGUCCCUGCGAAUCUACAAGUGGGUCCCUGUGACAGAGCCAAAGGUGGAUGAUAAGAACAAGAACAAGAAAAAGGGCAAAGAUGAGAAGUGUGGCUCAGAGGUGACCACUCCGGAGAACAGCUCCUCCCCAGGGAUGAUGGACAUGCACGAUGAUAACAGCAACCAGAGCUCCAUAGCAGAUGCCUCCCCCAUCAAACAGGAGAACAGCAGUAACUCAAGCCCUGCUCCCGAGCCCACCUCGGCUGUGCCCGGCGAAGGCACCGACACCAAGGCAGAUGAGACCCAGGCAGAUGGGAAGGAGCUCCCUGGGGCCGAAGAUGCUUCCGACGAGCAGAAUUCACAGUCCUCAAUGGAAAACUCGAUGAACAGUUCAGAGAAAGUAGAACGGCAGCCAUCUGGAGACGCGGGUCUAGCUGCAGAGGCGUCCGCAAUCUCUCAGGUACCUCGAUCGAGGCCUCAGAGGGGCAGCCAGAUCGGCCGGGAGCCCGUUGGGGUGUCGGGGGAUUUGGAAGGAGUCCCACCCUCUAAGAAGCUGAAACUGGAGGCCUCGCAACAGAACUCUGAAGAGAUGUAGACACUACGUUCGGUCCUGCUGUCCACGUUCCACGGGAGAGCCAUCUGCAGGCUGAAUUCUAGAACAACUUCCCCCGAGCGAUUCCUCUCGGGUGCAGACAGAACUACUAACUUUCCAAGUUUACCAAGUGCAAAUCCAAGAAAACCCAGAACAGCGUAACUUCUCAGCCACUGAAGAACUUUCUGCUGUGAAGCAAAACACUUGAGUCUCGAAGGGACCGUCCUUGGGAAGGCGGAGUCGACAGCACUCAGGAGUGUCUGCACACUGUCUCUGAAGCCAAGAUCACAUUUGUGUUGCUGCUGUAUUGUUUCGUUCCCCUCUCCGCCACCCCCCACUUGUCUAUUUAACGAUAUAAGCUAUAUUUGAGGGUGGUGCCGAUCAGGAAAUCGGUUUUCGUCGGGGCAUUUCACUGUUCAGCCGAUUCCUUCCGCUUUCUUUUUUUGUGCCUUGUGCCCUUGAGGUGACCUCUGGCAUGUUUUCCCGGUUGUUUUGCAUCUCCCUUUGCAAAGUGCCCUCGGUUUUGUCCAGGCAGCCGGUGCCACCGUCCUCAACAUCUCUCCCCUCCCUGACCUGGGACUUCAGCUGGAGCGGAGCAGGCAGGGAGGAGGGGAAACUGAGGCCUCGGAAGAGCAGGACCUCCUUGGCCACCUGAUUUGCAGGUGCGGAGGGAGGGCGUGGAGCACGCCCUGGGCCCUGGGGCCUGGGUCCAAGGUCCGAGGAGUCUCGAUGUCGUCGGGGCACUGUCCCCGAGGGCGGGCCACUGGAUGUGCUCUCACUUCCUCGGGGCAUCUGAGGCCGGUGUUUCCAAGCCCACCGUGGCCCAGACGGAUACACGGAACCCUUAGAUUGUUCUGGCACUUCCACCCUCUAUCCCCACCAUACCGCUUUCUCCCACACCUCCAAGACGAAAUGGCUUCUGUGGCUGACUGCAGGAUUGUCUCCUUAGGACGAUGAAAGGGCUGAGGAGGCUGGGAGCAGAUGGCAAGAAUAGCUGGUGCUGAACUUUCUCUCCUAGCGUGUUGCCUGGAUUUCAAAUCCACAGUAACCUGCUGCCCUCCGCCUCCCCGGCUCCUCUGGGCUCUCCCCCCACGCCCCCCAGGGGGGGAGGGGAGAUGGCAAAGCGUUCCUGACUCUUCAGAGCCAACAACAGUCCAUCGCCUCUCGCUCCCAGGAUGCGCUGAUGGUCCCCACUGGGGAGCAGACCCUGAUGAUUGGGCCUCAAAGGCCAGAAACAAGGCACCGGGGAGCAGAAAGCUCUACACUCCUCCAGAAAGGGGUGAUUGAGCCCCCAUCCCCUGGCCUCCGUCCUGUGCCUGUGCCAGGACAGCUUCCUCUCACUCAAACGGCGAUGCCCCCCGUGGACAAACCGCCUGAUCGUUUGGUUCUGAGGCCUGGUUUGCUCUUAAUUCCUAGAUGGACUCCUCGGACCUUAACCCUUUUCCUGAGCUUUCUUUACUGCACUGGAGUUCAACUUCCUUUGAGUUGUGUGAGGGGGUGGGAGGGUUGAGGGGGGGUUAUUUUGUUGUUGUUUUGUGGUUUUUUUGUUUUCGUUUUUGUUUUGCUGAUUGGUGCAUAUAUUCAGGUACCACCUUUGACGUGUGGAUCUCUCUCCUGACCACCGUGGGAAGUGUCUGCCGGAUUCCAGUUUCUAAGUUUCUGAGGGUGAGGCUCUUACUUUUUUUUUAAGGGAGCCAAUCUAUUUCCUGCACUUCAAGAAGAAUCAAAAUGUUCCUGAAUUUCAAAUACCUCAUGCAAAAAUGUCUCCUGAAAUAAGGGAAAAAACAAAACAAAACAAAACAAAAAAAAAAACACAACAAA